UGAUAGUGGGCGUUGACAUCGACGUGGGCGUGGUUUUCGUGCCGUGGGCGUGGCCUCGGUGUGACUUGACAGAAUGUGGUUGUUUCACAGAGCGCUGGUGUUUGUUGCGCUCGGAGGCAGAGGCUUGGGCAGAGCCAUGUGUGCUCAAGCCAAUGACUGGAAAAGUGCCAAGAGUAUUUACGAGUUCUCCGCUAAAGACAUAGAUGGGAACGAGGUGUCUUUGGAAAAAUACAGAGACUUUGUAUGCAUCAUCACGAACGUAGCCUCUAAAUGAGGCAAGACUCCAGUAAACUACACUCAGUUUGCGGCCAUGCACACCACGUACGCUGAGAAAGGUUUACGCAUCUUGGGCUUCCCAUGUAACCAGUUCGGAAAACAGGAACCUGGUACCGAAGCCGAGAUUAAAGAGUUUGCGAAAGGUUACAACGCAGAAUUUGACCUCUUCAGUAAGAUCGAUGUGAACGGAGACAACGCUCAUCCUCUGUGGAAGUGGAUGAAAGAUCAGCCAAAUGGAAAAGGCACUCUGGGAAACAAUAUAAAAUGGAAUUUCACCAAGUUUCUUAUUGACAAAGAAGGGCAGGUUGUAAAGAGAUACGGACCAAUGGAUGACCCAAGUGUUGUUGAAAAGGAUCUGCUAAAAUACUUGUAACUAGUGAAGACAACCUCAGCAUCUGUCCUGACUGACUCACUGACAAGACUGAGCUCCUAAAGGAUGCUGGGUAUUUUCAGGUUUUUCCCAAAAUAAUGACGGCCUUUCUGUAAACCUGCCUGCAGGUAAGACUGGCCUGAUGACCCCUCCCCGGUGUGCAAAACCUUCCCCCUGGGAGACCUGAAUAUACCUAGCAAUUCCUGCAGAGCCAAGACUCGCUGAAUCCAGCCCUGCACUGACCGAUGAUCUUCACCUUGUAGUGAUCAGAACUAUAAAUUUAAAGUUGUAGAAGAAGAAUUAUAAGUAAUAAAACAUGAACAAAUUUGC